CAAAAUUCUAAGUACCGAUUUUUACCGUGUAACACUAACUCUCAAACACAACUAGAGGUACGAGAAGCAUCACAAGCAUAAUCAGAGAAGCCGGCGAAGGGAGAUGCCCGGAAUCACAGGACCAUCCGAUUACUUACAAGAACCCAGUCGCCAUCCCUGCCUUAAAAUCAAUUCUAAGGAGCCCUUUAAUGCCGAGCCACCUCGUUCUUCUUUGGUCACAUCUUAUGUGACUCCUGUAGAUCUCUUUUACAAGCGAAGCCAUGGACCUAUUCCUGUAAUAGAAGACAUCGAGAGAUAUUCAGUCACCGUAUCUGGUCUUAUUGGACAUCCAUAUGAGCUCUUCAUGAGAGAUAUAUGGAAACUUCCCAAACAUACUGUUACUGCCACUUUACAGUGUGCUGGUAAUAGGAGGACUGCGAUGAGUGAUACUAGAAAAGUCAAGGGAGUUGGCUGGGAUGUUGCUGCUUUAGGAAAUGCUAUUUGGGCUGGAGCAAGAAUGGCAGACGUGCUAGAGCUUAUUGGCAUACCGAAGCUGACUAGUUCAACGCUAUUUGGAGGAAAGCAUGUUGAGUUUGUAAGCAUUGAUAAGUGUAAGGAGGAAAAUGGAGGUCCUUAUAAAGCAUCCAUCCCACUAAGUCAGGCCACAAACCCUUUAGCCGAUGUCUUGCUGGCUUAUGAAAUGAAUGGGGAGGUGCUCAAUAGAGACCACGGCUAUCCGUUGCGUGUGAUUGUCCCAGGAGUAAUAGGCGCUCGAUCUGUUAAGUGGUUAGAUUCUAUCAACAUCAUUGUUGAAGAAUGUCAGGGAUUCUUUAUGCAAAAGGAUUAUAAGAUGUUUCCACCUUCAGUUGAUUGGGAUAACAUCAAUUGGUCUAGUAGAAGACCACAGAUGGAUUUCCCAGUGCAGAGUGCAAUAUGUUCUUUAGAGGAUGUUAGUGUUGUAAAGAAUGGAAAGAUGACUAUCAAGGGGUAUGCAGUUUCAGGUGGCGGAAGAGGCAUCGAGAGGGUAGAUAUAUCUAUUGAUGGUGGUAAAACAUGGACUGAAGCCUCCAAGUACCAAAAAACAGGUGUUCCAUAUGUUUCUGAUGAUUCAAGUAGUGACAAAUGGGCCUGGGUUCUGUUCGAGGCUGAGGUUAAUGUUUCACACAGUGCUGAGAUAGUAGCCAAAGCGGUAGAUUCCUCUGCAAACGUGCAACCUGAAAAUGUUGAAGAUAUAUGGAACUUGAGGGGAAUACUGAACACCUCCUGGCAUAGAGUUCAGGUGAGGGUUGGCCACGCCAACCUGUAGACCUAUUAUUGCUCAGCUAUCGUUCCACACUUCUAAAAUGCGGGAUGUUUCAGUUUAAUUUGCUUUUAAGAACUGCAUUUUCUUGACAUUUAUGUUAUGUUAUUAAGGUUAUCUAUCUACUUAGUUAAUGCAUGAACUUUCCUGCAAUCAUUUUCAGGAAAAAAACUAGAGUUCAUAAGUUGUUUAUAAUUUUCUUCGCUAUUUGCCAUCUCUAUGACAACAAUAAGCCCUCGAACACAUUUAAAUAACUAACAUUUGACAUUAUGUAGACUCCACAUGCACAUUAAAUCAUUUAAUUAGUUCGUACAAAGAUGAAACGGCUAAUGGAAGUCUAGA